UUAGAUCAAGCCGAUUAACUGUAACUUAAGGACUAACAUACGUUGGGUGUUUUGUUUUUGUUUAUAUUUACGUUUAUAUUUUCCGAUAACAUGGGCGGAGAGUGCUUAUGGUAUUCAUGGACGUGCAGACCCGUGUGGCCAGUUUUGAUUAUUCUGGCUACUGUACCGUGUAUUUUGAACUGCUCAGAGAGCCCUGCAGCAGUUGUUGGGAAAAUGUAUCCACGAGGCAAUCACUGGGCAGUAGGUCACUUGAUGGGAAAGAAGAGCAUAGAGGAGGAGCAGGCGGUAAACCCUGACAGUGACUACCUGACAGCCCUAAAAGCAGCCCGGCUCACACAGAUUCUAAUGCAGGCUCUGAUGGAACCACUGAAUCCAAAUCAGAUGAUGCCUCAAACUGCAGACAGGCUGCUUCAGCGCCACUGGAGAGAAGAGGACAGAGAAAAAUAUCUGGCAGAGAUGUCAGACCUGCUUCUUCUGGCUUUGAAACUGCAAGACAGUGACUCCACCUGAAUGCAAGAUGAAUUUCUGUUUUUUUUUUUUUUUUUUUUAAACAAUCAUCAUUAUCAACUUA